AUGGGGAAUCGCAGGUGGACCUGUGAAGACGUGUGUGUUGAAGUUGCAGUGCUCUAUUCCGAAACAGGCCCUAUUUCGCACUCACGUGUAGGAUGGUUCGGCCUCACCGAAUUGACUCAACGGGCAGGCCUGGACGAUGUACUAUACUUAGACGAUUUGGAGGAGUGCCUGAAUGAAGGACAACUCCAUCUGUGUGCCAAAUUGAGCAUUGUCCCUUACCACCGCGGCCGCCGAGAGGAGGUUGAGAUGUCGCUCCCCCGCAGUGAAGCUCAAGCCGCUGUGCCCGGACAGUUUCUGAGAUCCCGUCGCGCCGGCUUGCCAAACAAUUUCAUGUUCGAUCUGCAAGUCUACCCACGUGGACAACGUGGCAGAGAUGGGAAAUUUGGUGCAUUUCUGGAGUUGUGGCCGGGGCUACGCGAGCGUGUAGGUUGUUGGUGGGAUGCCGGGUAUGUGAAGUGUCAAAUAGCUGUUUGCCGAGGGAUGAGUGGCGCGCCGGUGCUCAAUACAGCAUAUUUCUCAUUCGAUGUCGAAAGCGACUGCAGAGGUUGGUCGGACAUCGGGUGGCUGGGUGCGUGGAGAGAUGGCGCCUUAGCCAGCCCGGAGACGAUAAGCAUCCGAGCAACUGUGGAGUUUCCUUUGAAGGUUGAUGCUUGGCAUAACUUCGUCCAUGACCUGAACUUCACGCAGCAGCCAGAGUAUGUCACCUUCUACCUUGCCGAGGGGCCUCCCAUGUACUUCGACAAGCGGAUCUUGAUGACCUCUUCAGAGUAUUUUGAGCACAUGUUGGGCAGUACAGGCUGGAAGGAGGGGCAGAGCAAUGAAGUCGACAUGAGCAAUGAACCACUGGCAGACUGCCGUGUCAUGACAGCGAUAUUCCAUUUCAUGCUGUCUGAAACAUUCUCUGCACGUGGAGAUGUGGUGUUUGCGUUGUCUGUGCGACGUCUUGCCGAUCGCUACAGCUUGAAUCGGCUCGUGAGGAGGACGGAGGAUGAGCUGGAAGACCUGCUGUCAGAGGAGAAUAUUUUGUCGGUGCUGGCGCACGUCUUCGGCAGCUGCGGCAGGCUAGAGCGCACUUGCGUGGAAUUACUCCAAUACAACAAGUGCGAGAUCUUGUGUCGCCAGAGAGACAAAGUCUUGCAGAUCGUGACCGAAAAUCCAGAGUUGGCCAAACAGCUUCUGAACAUGUCUCUGAACUUUCUGGACUUGUCGCACAAGCCGGAAAGGAAGCUGCAUACCUUCGAGUUCCACGAGGACCGCCAGCGGCAAGCUGCUGCUGACUUUGAGAAAUAUGGCUUCAUGGAUGUCAUCGUCUCCCACCACAGAGACGUUUGCAAUGAUGGGUUCGGCGAGGACCUUCGCGGGGCGGUUCAUGGCAUCUUCUUAGACCUCCCGGCACCCUGGGCCGCAGUGGGUCACGUCCUCGAUGCCCUGGUCCCUGGUGGUCGCCUUGUGACCUUUUCGCCCUGUGUGGAGCAGGUGGACAAGACGGCCACGGAGCUCCGGCGCAGCGGCCGAUUCUUCGAUGUCCGCAUGGUGGAGACGCUGGCCGUGAACUGGGGCGUUCGCGCUGCUGAGGCCAAGUCCAAGAAGCGGCGCCUGGCGAACUCAGCUGGCCAGGACGCGGAUGAGUCUUCGAGGCCACAAGGGCCCAGUACAACUGCGAAAAGCGGUCCAGAUCCUGGGAGCCAGUGGUUGAGCUACCAGAUGCCCAUGAGGUCCCACACGGCCUACCUGCUGGUGGCCACACGGGCACCAGCCGACGAAGCAGUCUGCAGGCGAAGGCCUCGCGUACAGGACGAUGCCGACACGGGACAUGGACCAGGUGCGGACGAUUCGCCCACCGUCCACCCUGUCAAAGGGAAGCAGACAGUCCGAGGGCCACCAAAGUGCCCCACGGCUGCGGGCGACGCCAGCACCCUCGGCACGGGGCCUGGAAGCCCCGCAAAGCUCGCUCGUAGUUGUGGCCCGAAAAUCUGA